UUCGAUCUCUUCUCGUCCUUAGCCCCCGCGGGCCCCGACACCACCACGUGGCCGGACGGCAACCUGCGCGAUCAGCAGCGAGGCCGCUUCUUCGUUCCGGGACCGGCGCAGGAGGCCCAGUUCCAGGAAGGCUUCGGCGCGGCGCGAUCGUUCCCUUGCCCUGUGGACCAAAAGCUGGGUGUCGAGCAGGUCGGUGUUUUCGAUGCUGACCGUAUCGAAUGGAACACCGCGACCGGCGGUCUUUUCGUCAGGUAC